AUGAAUCUGAUUAUGAAUGAGGUGAAUGUGAAAACGAAUAAAACUGUGGUUGAUUGGCGUAAUUUUUGUAGAGAAGUGUGUAUGGAUGUAUGUGUGAAAAAGAGUGAGAUGAUUGGAGGUCCUGGUAUGGCUGUGGAGAUUGAUGAAAGCAAGUUUGGUAAGAGGAAGUAUAAUAGAGGCAGACGAGUGAAUGGUAAAUGGGUGUUUGGUGGAAUUGAAAGAGAGAGUGGAAAGUGUUUUUCUGAGGUUGUGGAAGACAGAUCGAGAGAGACUUUGCUGGAGGUUAUAAGGCGAAAAAUUCUGCCUGGGACGAUGAUUAUCUCAGAUUGCUGGAAAUCUUAUGAUUGUUUGAAGAAUGAAGGUUUCCAGCACUUAUCAGUUAACCAUUCGUUGAACUUUGUUGAACCUACGACUGGUGCUCAUACAAACAACAUUGAAA